AUGGACUCUACUCCGGAUGAGCUGCAAGUCGACCCUCUCGACGAGGAAAUCGCAUCUCUCAAGCAACAAGGCAAGUUCUGCGCAAACGCUUCACCUCGAUCGCGUCAAAUCAUUGCUCAUCUGCGCAAAACCCUCAGAAUCGAAUGCUCCACCAUCCUCUCCUCGCCCUCCAUCCAAGAAGCCCUCCUCUCCUCCCUAAACCCUGAGCCCUCCGCCAAAUCGGCCGCCCUGCGCCCCCGCAAGCCCCGGAGGUCUGUUGAGCGCGACGAGCAGCGCCUCCUCGCCCGCUCCAGGCAGCAGGAGGCCUACAACCAGCAGUGCCUCUACCGCAUCGCCGCCUCCGUCACCGCCUUCAAGGUCCGCGAUCCCGACCCGGCCGCCGUCGAUGACGGACACGUGCUCGGCCUGCGCUUCGAGAUCAUGACGCGCGGCCAGUUCCUGCAGCCCUACUACGUGAUGCUCAACCGGCCGUAUCCCGGCAACCCCAAGUUCCUGCGCGUGCAUCGACACACUGUUCCGCCGGCCAUUCCGCUGCCGGGUCUGGCGGCGAGACACUUGCCCGCGCCGAAGCAACAGCUGGAGGACGAGGGCGAUGCAUCAUCAUCAUCGCCACCCAAACAAGACCUUGAGCGAUUCGUCAAGUCGUUGAGGAGGGAAAUCAUGAGGUACCACAACAGGCUGGGGGUUUCAGCAGAUUUGCGGCGGAGCCUCGGAGCGCACAGCAGCCACAGCCUGAUGGCAGCCGACGGCUCAUUGCCCCCAAAUACCAUCGUCGACGUGAGCAUUGCGGAUACCGAGGCGAAGCAAAUACGGCUCACCUGGGCCGACGAGCGAAAUGGCCGCCUGGUCAUGGACGAUGACGGCAGGGUGGUCAAGUUUAUGGUGUUCGGGAUGGAGGGGAGGGACUGGGAGACAACAAGACAGCUCGGAGAGAGUCAAGGACGCGUCGAGGACGUGGCCAAGAUGUUGGAGGAAUAUGCGGCUGGAAGGGAACAAUAG